AUGACAGCUAUCCGGCGCCGAAACAGCAGCCAGCAGACGAGAGAGCCAUGGCGGCCACGGGUGGAGGGAAAAUCAGAAGCAGGAGAUAUCACAUUGCUUCUAAACCUUACGCCAAGAGCAAACAGCAGUCAGGCAUCAUCAGUCGAGUGACAGACACAGUGAAGAGCAUCGUUCCUUCCUGGCUGCAGAAAUACUUCAAGAAUGAAGAUGGUCCUGAAGCAGAUGGAGCCCAAGGCCCAGACCAGAACUGCCAGCCGCCUCUCCCUCCUCCUCCUCCGAAUGGCAGUGAGGAGGAACCUCCUCCCUUUGACGGGCGUGACUCUCCAGAGCCAAGCACCAGUACCACAGAGCCCUCAACUAGCCGUGCAUCCCUGAACUUUCAGGAGUAUGUGCUUUUACGACCUCCUUUGAGUCGCUCUCACCUCCACUUUACUCCGCUGGAUGCUUCCUCCCCAACCAUAGGAACCUCCAGCAGCCUCUUCACCCAGCCGUCCACCUCCUCGGCUCCUGGGCCUUUUUCCACGGGUUUCUCUUUAGUUAAGGAAAUCAAGGACAACCUCUCGCAACACGAAGAUGAUAACAUCUCCACCACAAGCGGAUUCUCCUCUCGUGCAUCUGACAAGGAUGUCCCCACCUCCAAAACUGCAUCACUUCCUCAGCUUUGGUCCCCGGAGAUGGACAGAACAAACUCUGCACCUCAGCCUUCCCAAUCAAGCCUGAAAAGGCCUUCUUUCAACCUGUCUGUCUUUGGAAAUUCCUCCAACUCAUCUUUAAACAGCACAGUGCUGAACUCCAGCCAGCUUGGGGACUCCCCCUUCUACCCUGGGAAGACCGUGUACGGUGGGGCCGCUGCCCUCAGGAGCUCCCGCGGUCGUCCAGGAACACCUUACCAGGCUCCAGUGAGAAGACAGAUCAAGGCCAAGCCUGCUGGGGCUCAGCCCUGCGGGGUGACCAGCGCCACUGCAAGACGCAUCCUGCAGUCCUUGGAGCGGAUGUCCAGCCCACUUGCUGAUGCUAAAAGAAUCCCAGCAGCAGCCGCAUCUAACUUCUCACCAUCGGUGGAUGACACAAAUCUGGAUAUUUCACAUGUCCAGUCCAAAAAGAAACGGAUGGAUUCAACCCUCCCACCAAUACAGAAGCUUGUGGUUCCUUCAGCUUCCCCAGUUUUAGGAAAUCGGACGGUGUCCUUCAAACCAACUUUGACACCUGGUGGGUUGAGCCGAUCUCUUGGCAGAACCACAAGAGAAAAGACGCCUGCAAGACAAUCACCACAGCUACCUGAACCCACUCCAAGUCCAUUUCAAAGCACAAGGAGUUCUGGUGGCCCUAGCUAUCCUCUGUCCAGCACCCCUGCAGCCAGCAGCGCCAGCACUGGGGGGGGUAAGAUGAAGAGAGAGAGGACCACUACCCGGCCCUCCAAAUGUCCUGAAGAAAAUGAGGUGGUUGAGUUACCGGCGCUCCCAGCCAUUUCACUUCCCCUCAGCACGUCCUCCCUGCCCACCUUCAGCUUCAACAUGGCGCCUCCCAUCUCCUCCCCCUCAGUCAGCUCCACCCCCAAAACCAUGGCUGUUACUCCUGCCAAGGAAAACGUCUUCAAUAAGGAUCCACCAAAGGCCUUGACACCACCAUGUGUACCUUUUACAUUUUCCUCCCCUAUUGUCAAAGCCACUGCUGCUAGCCCACCUUCUUUUUCCACUUCUCCUGAAUUUACUUUCAGUGCACCAGUAGCAAAGUUGGGUCCCUCAAUGUCAAAUGGAAACCUCACCUCACCUAUAGCAGGAUUAGUGAAGCCACAAACAAGCAAGACAACAGAGGAUUUUGAAGGACCUUUCAAACCGGCCAAGACCCUGAAGCAGGGCAGUGUGCUGGAUCUUCUCAAGUCGCCCGGCUUUGCUUCUCCUGUUGCUCAGACUUCCCCAGGCUCCAAUGCCACUCCCCAGCCGACAUCACCCCAAUUCACUGCCCCUUUGUCCACUACUUCAACUUCUUCUUCCUCCCGCUCUUCAUCAAUGGAGUCUGGUAUUAUGUUCAGAGCCUCAGCAGGCAAGAGCUGUGAUAAAUGCUCAGUUCAGAACAAGCAGUCUGACGCUAAGUGUGUUUGUUCUGUGGCCCCAAAGCCCACCUCCUCAUUCAAUUCUCUGGACAGUAAACAAUCAUCCAUCAACUCUGUUGCUUUGGAGAGUAGCAGCACAAACACCAGCUCUGCCACUACAACCACAACAGGAUUUGGCACAAUAUUUUCCAAACCUUCAGGAACUUGGGACUGCGAUACAUGUCUUGUUGUGAACAAACCCGAUGCAGUAAAGUGUGUGGCUUGUGAAACCGCCAAACCGGGGACAGGGCUCAAACCUUCACUGACUUUUCCCUCUCCAUUUUCUGCUGAUAAAACUAUAUCUACGCCAACACCCCCAGUUUCCACAAGUUUCAGUGGAUUUGGAGACAAAUUCAAAAAACCUGAGGGUGCAUGGGAGUGUGACACGUGUAUGGUGCAGAACAAGGCAGGGGACACAAAGUGUGUGGCCUGCAUGACUCCAAAACCAGGAGCUACAGCGGACACAUCAUCAUCCAGCAGUGCCCCAAUGUUUGGAUUGGGAGACAAAUUCAAGAAGCCAGAGGGAGCCUGGGAGUGUGACGUCUGCCUUGUGCAAAAUAAGGCUAGCGAUGUACAAUGUGUUGCCUGUCAAACAGCAAAACCAGGAGCGAGUGUUGAACCCAAGGCCUUUGGUUCCUUUAAUUCCUUAGCUGGCGGGACUCCAGGAUUGUCUACCUCUACUUCAGGAGGUUUUAAGUUUGGCACAACAGACAGUACAUCAGGAUCAGGAGGUUUCAAGAGUGGAUCAUCAGCUUGGGAGUCAUCCUCAACUCCGUCAGGUGGAUUUAAAUUUGGAAUCGCAUCUGGAAACUCCUCAUCAGAAUCUUCUUCUAAAGACACUACUGCUUCACCAGGAUUCAAAUUUGGUAAUUCCUCUGGUGGCUUCAAAUUUGGAGCCGGUCCUACUGAUGACAAGAAGUCAGACCAGUCUGCUGCUGCAGGUUCCAGUUUUAAGUUUGGAGUUGGCGGUGGAAUAGUUUUUGGAACUGGAUCAUCGAGCACAGAAGGUAGCUCUUCUAAGGGUGGCUUCACCUUCGGACUUUCAAAACCUACAGAAGAAGUAACAGAAACCACCACAUCCUCUUCAUCCACUGUUUCUUUCACUCCUCCCUCACAAGAAAAGAGUGACAAUGCCACAUCAUCAAAUGACACCACAGCAACAAAUACUAAUGCACCUACCACCACGACUACAACAACAGGCUCUGUAUUUGAUAGAUUGGGUGAACGAAGUCUGACGACAAACACACCAAAAGUGAGCUCUACAUUUGGAGCAUUACAAGCAGACAAGGAGCCACCUGCUCCCACAUUUACAUUUGGAAAGCCAGAGGAAAAGAAGGAAGCAGCUUCCUCACCAGCCCCAUCAAACUUUGUCUUUGGUGCUGCUAGUAAGGAUGCAGAUUCUGCACCUGCACCUGCCGCUUUGGGAGGAUUUUCCUUUGGCAAGUCUGGUGGUCCAGCAGAACAGGCUCAAACAGGUUUUAGUUUUAGUAAACCAGCAGAAAAGACUGAACCAUCUGCUUCAGAAGCCCCAAAGCCCACCUUCAACUUUGGACAAAGUGCUGCAGAUUCUCCUGCUGCUCCUAAACCAUCAUAUUCUUUCAUGGCCAACAAUCCUACCACCAACACCACCACCACCUCAUCAUCCCCGAUCCCCAGUCUGUUUGGCGCUGGCACCAACGGCAACAACAGCAGCACCGCCGCGCCAGCUCCGGCUGCGGCUCUUGCUGCUGCGCCCAGCGCUUUCAUUUUCGGCCAGCCUUCUACGGCCACCAGUGAUGCUGCUCCAGCUAAGACAUUUGUCUUUGGCCAGAAUCAAGACAACCAGCCUUCUGCCCCAUCAAGUGCCCCUCUGAACACUGCUCCCGCCCCAGCGCCGGCUCAGCCCUUCAUCUUCGGCGGUCCUGCUGCUCCUGUUGCUCCUGCGGCUCCUGCUGCAGCUGCUCCCUCUUUUAGCUUUGGAGCCGCAGCAACCGCUGCUGCUUCUACAUCAGCUACAUCUGCAGCUCCUUCCCCAUUUGCGUUCAGCUCAGCCCCCUCUGGUGGUUUUGGGGCCAACCAAGCUCCUCCUUCAUUUGGAUCACCUUUUGGAUCCCCCUUCACAGGCACACCUAGUCAGACUCCGGCCUUUGGGGCUAAAUCAAAUGCUGCACCCGUUUUUGGCCAACAGACCAACUCCACACCCGCAUUCGGAGCAACAUCUAGUGCUGCUCCAAGUGGAGGUUUCCAGUUUGGAGGGGCUAGUGCAUUUGGAAACGUAAGCAACAACAACACGGGUGUGUUUACUUUCGGAGGGGGACCUGCAGCCUCUCCUGCCCCUCCCGCCCCUCCUGCCAAUCCCGCUGUAACUCUUCAGUUGGGAGGAGCUGGUGCUGGAUUCAACUUUUCACAACCCCCGACAUUCAACAUUGGGUCAGCGAAAGCUUUCACUUCUUCUCCAGCUGGACAGCAAACAAUCGCUGGGCGCAAGAUCAAGACUGCAGUGCGGCGUAGAAAGUAGAGGCCCAUGGGCUCAGCAGGACAGAAGACUUGACUUUGACUCAACUGUGUCCCUACUGAAGACUGAGGUCCCGGUCUCAUCUGGACUAACGCUAACUUGGAUCGGCAGUGGAAAGGGGCUGACGCUCAUCACCAUUUUGUGUUUAUGUUAGGCAGGUGGGCAGAUUUUAACUGUGGGCGUAGCUGGUUACUAAAAGGUUUUUACAUGGAGAUCAGGGCUGUUAAUGUGUGAGACCUCAAGAAUACACAUCAGGAAAAAAACGAGACUGAAAUUGGACUCUUGACUUGGAAAAACAACAAUCAAGCAAACAACCCUCGAUCAAUGUUGAAAACAAACAAGAAAGUCAUAUCUAUAUUUUAAACACCGGCAAAUGUCUGCUAGACUUUAGGCAUGACUUUUUGUAAUAAAGUU